AUGCUCAUUUUGUUGAAUUUUUGCAGCCGUGACCUUUCUCCGAAAUUCCCUCUGAACGCAUAUAUUACCCGUUUCUUUGCUAUGAAUAAUAACAGCUGUGUAUUCUCUGCUUCUGCAAUUGAUAACAGAAACUCGAAAUGUUGUGAAAAUAUUGCACUGCAGAAAGAAAUUCACGAAGGAAUUAGUCGUGAUGAUAACAGGUGGAUUGAAGAUGAUGGUGUUCCUUCGAGAUUGGAUGAAAAUUGCUUUCGCAAACAGCAAACAGUCGAGAGUUGUCCUUCUCUGCAGAAGAUUUCUUCAUGUUCUAACAAAAUUGAUUGUGAGAGUAAUGAAUUAAGUGCUUCGGAGAAGUACGCCAGUUCCGGGUAUAGAACUAAUAAUAGUGAUGAUGUAAAUGCGGUAGCAAAAGCUGAAUAUUCCAAAAAUGAUCGACAGGAAUGGUCUAGAAUUCGGAAUUCAUUAUGGAUUAGUGGACAGGGAAAUGUUCGUCGAGGUGAUGUUAUAUUGAGACGGGAAUGGUUUAAAGUGGGAUGUUUUGAUAAUGAAAAAGAAAUGUUUCGAGAGCAACUGAAGGGCCGUGUUUCUAGAUGGAAAGUAAGGAAAGUAAGCACGGGUUCGAAGAUUUUCUAUCGAUGCAACAAAUUUAAACAUUUUGGAUGUGGUUAUCGAAUGUAUGCAGAGAUUCGUGGUCGAAAUCGUAUUGGUCUUUACGAGAGUGGUCUUCAUGACCAUUCAUCCCGCAAAUUCAAGUGCUUGAAAGCAGGUGCUCGUGUUGUUGUGGAUACGAAGCCUAGUUCGUCACAACAGGCAUUAUUAGAUCAAUUCAUACAGAAUGCUACAAAAAGUGCGAAAUUAAAUGGCACACUUUCCGGAAUAACUGCAUCGGCAUCUUCUUACGCACGAUUAGCACUACCACAGUCUUCCAAUAACAUCAGUUGUGGACAGGAUAACAUUUUCGAUCCGAAAGGGUUGGUUGACGAUAAUCUAAUACCGGAAAGAUCUGUGAAGAUUUUCUCUCCUAAGGUGGAUUGUGAUGACGGUGAUGAUACGGGUGAAAGUAAUGAACCGUUGUAUGUACUGAGUGACGGGAGCAAUUUAGCUGAACUGUUGCGUGUUGCAAACGAUAUGGAUUUGGCUUUUACCUACAAUUCUAGGCGUACUGGAGAAUUUUGCUUUGAAUCAAAUGCGCAAGAUAUGAGGGGUCGUUUGGUUGUGUUUGCGGAUCUUGGAACCAAAGUUGCUGUACGCGAACGUUUUAAUGGCAGUGAUCUGAGCUACGAGGAAUGGAGCAAAGCCGACUGGAAACAGUUCUUGUGGGCAGUACGCGGGAAAUGCAUGAAUGUCCUUAGGGGACUUUGA